AUGGCCCUUGCAACCGCCGCCCCCGAAACCCCGGCCGAGGCGACUGCAAGCCGCCGGACCUCGCGGACCGCCAACGUUGCCCUCAACGAACACUACAACGAGCCCGUGCGUCUGCAUAUCUGGAAGAGCAAGCGUCGCACCUGGACUCGUGGGCAGUUGGACCGUGAGCGCCGCGAGUUCUUCGAGACACGAGUGACUGGGCAUGCGGAAGUAUGGGCCGCGAUCUCAACAGCUAUCGAGUUGAUGCGCGCCGGCGAUCUGGUCACGGCGCAGAGCAUCCUCGAUGCCGCGGGUAUCACUGUGCCUACCGGCGAUCUCUGCCAGGGCUGCUACGACCAGCAGGGUGCCCUUUAUCGCCUGCCGCAAUGCAUUGUCAGCGACCCGACAAACAUGGUGCAAACUGAUACGUCAACGGCCACUGAAUCGCAAGAUGCCAUCGAGCAAGAUGAAGAUGAGGAGGCGCUUUCGGACGGCAAGCUCGCCACAGACGAUGCAUCGGGCGACGAAUUAAUCUCCGAGGACAUGGAACGGCGCCGCGACGAGAAGGGCAAGACAAGUGAACGCGAUCUCAUCCGCGUUCGAGUUCGACUGAGCGACCGCGGUGGUCCGGAUCUAGUCCUGAUGAUUGGCAAGGGCCAGAGCGUCGGUUUCUUGGCCCGCAAGGUGCGGCAGGAAGCAGAGAUUUCGAGCGUCCAGUCCGUUCGAAUCGCAUACCUUGGCUGCAUGCUCAAGGAGCAGCAGUCGCUGCCCGACCAAGGCUGGGAACCUGGCCACAUCGUCAAUGCCUUUGUCGUUCCCCGCCGCGGAUUCAACGAGUGA